CAGUUCAACAACUAACGGCUUUAAAGUAAUCAUGAAGUUUUCCGUACGUUCCAUUUUUAUUUGUUCCUUAAUCGUGGCAGUGAUCGUUAUAAAAGUUUCAAAUUGCCAACAAAGCAAUUUAAAAUAUGAAUUAAAUCCCAAAUAUGUGCACUUUUCGGAGAAGGACCUCAAUCUUAGCGUCUGCCAAUCGGGGGAUUAUUACAUAAUUUCGCAGAUAUUAGCAUAUUAUGUAGCAUAUGCCACGAAAUAUCUCGGGCUUGCUUUUGGUACAAACUGUCCUGUUGGCAUAACAGCUGCUUACACAUUUCCCCACAUUAAAGGAUCCAAUACUUUCUUCUGGAAGAAAACUACAGGAACAAUCCAAAUGAUUUUUGUUAAUGAUGAGCUGGAAUUUCUGAUUAAGUUCCUAAAUACUUGCGAUGUGGAAAAAACUUUUAAUGAAUUAAUUGGUGCAAAUGGAGCUGCAAUGACAACAGAGACUGUACUCUUUGCCGAAAGCUUUAAGGAUAUUUUGGUGAAUUUUCUCGAUCAACGCAAUGAAAAAGAACUUUUUCUCAAUUUGAAUGGAAUAGUCGUUUACCAUGAAAUCUUCCAAGAUAUGGCGAUCAAACUUGAUCCUCAAACAUCUCCUUUAGGGGGUCUUGUGUACGUGAAGAGUCCUGAGGAAUUUUUAGACAUUAUUGAGUUCAGGAGCGCAAUUGUGAGAUCACUACAUGAGAACUUAUACACAGAUUGGCAGCAUGGAGAUGAAGCGAAAAAUGACUAUGGAUACCUAAAGUAUGCUUAUGGAUGCUCAGACUUACUUUACACACUUCCAGAUGAUAUUCAUACUAUUUUCAUUGAAGCUGGACAACCCAAUCAUCAUACUGAUAAGUUUAAUUGUGUAGCUAAUGUCGUAGAAUUUAUGAACGGAAAGAGUACUGCUUUGUCACAAGAAGGAAUUCGUAGCCUGGGCAUAAAUGUGCAAAUUGCAUUUGGACCAGUUCAAUUAUCAAUUUCUUUUAAUCCUUCUUUUGGGUCUAGUGGUCAAUCAACAAUUGGUGGGUCAGGUAUGUGGACUCAAUCGACCUUACCGUGAAACCAUCAGUGCUAUAAUAUAGUUAUGUGUGGGGUAGGAGGUGCGUUGAAAGACCCAAAUUGAACUUAUGGCUAGAUCUUGCUUAAAAAGCUUUAAAACCUUUAAAGUAAUUUUGUCGGAUUUUUAUGUUUUUUUUUUAAAUUGUUUUAAACAUAAAAAUAAGAGAUUAAUUCUCCUUUUUUUUGUGGAAGUAAUUUACACUUUGAUCGCCCAAUUGUAAACAUUUUGCCUAAAGACAAAGACAAGUAAUUUCGUAUCAAUGAAAAUAAUUGAAAAUAUUGAAUAAACUUUUUAAGAAAUGCCCAGGAAGGUAUUUCCUUAUAAAUAAAAAAGAAUUUGUCUUAUAGACCUUUUAUUGGCUAAUAAAUUUAACUAUAUAAUAUUGACUUGCUUGCCUUCUGGAAAAUGAAAAGAAGAAAAAUUGAAUGAUUUCGACAUAAAAUGUGGAGUAAAAGGAUAUUAAAAAAAUGCUACAAACAUCCCA